GCUGCGCGAAGUUGGUUCGGUUUGCGCAAAAUUGGCUCAGGUUGCACGAAAUUGGUAAAAUUAGCUUUUGUUGUACGAGUUGUGCAAAUCAACCAGGUUGCACAUGAGUGCGCGAAAUUAGCGAAAUUGGUCCAG